AUGUGUCAUGUGAUCGUGACGUGCCGCUCUCUGCUCUGGACCCUCCUCAGCAUCAUCGUGGCCUUCGCAGAGCUGGUGGCCUUCAUGAGUCCGGACUGGCUCUUGGGCUUCCCUCGCUCGGACCCGGGGGUGAGCGGGGAGGGGGUGGACUCGGGGCAGUACCGACCGUCUCUGGGUCUGUACAGCCGCUGCCUCCGCAUCAGCACGCAGGGGGUGGGGGUCAUCUGUGGGCCGUACGCCGCCUCGUUCGGGGAGGUGGCCAGCGGGUUCUGGCAGGCGGCCAUGUUGUUCCUCUCGGCCGGGACCCUGGUGCUCGGCUGCGUGGCCUGUGUCUCCAUCUUCACCCUGUGCUUCCAGAGCAUCUUCCGGAAAAGCAUCUUUAACAUCUGCGGACUCCUGCAGGCCAUCGGAGGGCUGCUGCUGAUGGUGGGGCUCAUGCUGUACCCCGCUGGAUGGGGCUCAGACAAAGUGAAGGGCUACUGCGGCACCGAGGCUCUGCCCUUCAGACCCGCCGGCUGCUCUCUGGGCUGGGCCUUCUACGCCGCCAUCGGGGGAACUCUGGCCACGUUCCUCUGCGCCGUGCUGUCGGCUCAGGCUGAGAUCGCCACCUCCAGCGACAAAGUGCAGGAGGAGAUCGAGGAGGGGAAGAGACUCAUCUGUCUGCUCUGA